AUGACAGCUAUAUUUACCAACCGACGCUGGGACCAAGAAGCGAGUAGAAAAAUAGCGUCGGAUACGCAAGCGAGUAUCGAUUCAGCAAUACGCCGGGCAUCUAGCGACAACUGCAUCAUUGGAGAUCAGUGGACGACAGCAAAGGACGACAGUUUCAUCCGGAAUCUGUUCGAAGUCAACUCGUGUGCAGAUAGUGGCGUCGACGAGGAUGGCUGCAGCUUAUAUAGGGAAGACAAAGAUGGCUGCAGCGUAUAUAGGGAAGACAAGGAUGGCUGCGGCUUAUACAGGGAAGACAAGGAUGGCGAUCUCAUUGAGGAGUUGGCUGCCAAGGAGAAGGACCUCCUGCUGGCGGCUGAAUUGGGGAAGAUGUUACUGGAGGAGAAUCAGGCCCUACAGAUGGCGCUGCGAAGGGUUACCGAGGAGUGUGAGAAACACGUUGAGGAGCACGAGCGAGCUGAACACGAACUGAGGAGAAAUCUGGAGAAUGUGGCGGCAGUUUACGACGCUCGUCUAUCAGACGUCAACGCAGAGUUACGACAGGUGCGAGAGGGACGGGAGGAACUACGGCGCACCUCGGCGACAUAUCAGCGACAGACGACAACCUCGAUUAACGAGCUCAGAGAAGACAAUGAGAGACUGGCUGGUCAACUGAAGGAGGCUGCGCGCCAGAGGGCGCUGUUGAUGGCAGAGGUGCGACAGCUACGGGACGUGUCUACGGUGAAACGUCACGUGACUAGAGACAAUACAAGACAGGUCGAUCUACUCAAAGAAGAGUUGCAAUCUCGGGACAGACAGCUAGAGGAGGUUUACGACAGCAACUCGCAACUACAGGAGCGUGUCAAUAGUAUGUUUCUGCAGUUGUCAACGAGCAGACUCGACAAGUGCCCUUCUCUGUACAGUGAGUUACAGUCCUCUCAACCUUCCUCGCAACCAGGCAAGCUUAAGCAGCAGACUAUGGCAGACGACAACAACAUCGCGUUUGCACAGGCACCCGAUUCGACGAACUCAUUCGCGGUCGGAUCUCGUCGGCUGUCGACGUCGGCAUCGCAUCCGUCGUUUCCGUCGUCGUUCAGCUACCAGGCCGACAUCGAGGACGGAGCCGACGAUGGAGCUUUUCAGAUGAUAUCAGCGAGAGUCCGCCGCCUCUCAACUGCCACGGCAUUCUACAGUCAGAGACGACGUGCAGGAGAACUACGAGCUCAAGCAGGAGGUACUGGAAGCGUACAAUCGCAUACGACAGCUGUGUAGAUAUCUACAGCAGUCCAACCACAGGUGCCAAGAUGACAACGGGAUUGACGAUGGCUGGGCGUCUGACAGCGGUGAAUGGCACGUGCAAUCAGGAAAGCUGCGUGGUGUCACCAAGGAGUUGGAGUCGCUCGUAGAUAACGCAUUUAAAGAAUAUGUGAUGAACAAGCAGGAGGAGCAGGAGAUACAGGACGAGCUGCUGGGUACGGCUGAGAAGCGUGUCUCACUCAAGUCCCAAAUCAAACUCA